AUGGAGAGACGUUACUGGGAAUGCGCUAUGGGUGGCACCACUGCGCGCAACGUCCUCAGUGCUAUCACAGUGGCCUUUAAUGCAGCCAUUCUCAUUCUAACCACGUACAUCGCGUACUCGAUUCGCAAUAUUGCGGCACGGUACAAUGAGUCCAAGUUGAUCGGCCUUGCUGUGUAUAACAUCGUCGUUUUGGUUACGAUCAUUCCGAUCAUCUCGGCAACAACCGGAAAUCCCGUUGUCAUUCCUGUCGGCAUUUUAGUUCUAACGUCAGUUGUCUACGCCAUCUACUUCCUCCCCAAAGUAAUCACCCUCAUUACUGGCCUCGAAAUCGGUGGCGGCCAAGGCGAGAACAAACACUCACCAAGCAGUUACACUGGCGACUCGGAAUCCGGCCAUACCGGAACAGAUUCUACUGCUAAAGCCGAGAAGAGAGAAAUGAUCGAGGGCUACGCCGACAUUCGCAUUGCACGUUCCAAGUUCUUGCUCGGCACCAGCAGAUGGGUUCGUCGUCAGAUUGUGCUCGUGCCUAUGCAAAGCAUCAUUGCCGAAAUUCCAAUGGACGAAGCAUCCGAGUUUAGAGGCACCACGGUGCUUGUGGAAGAGCUCAAGGUUCUUAAUGUGGUGAAGAAUGCCCAGCAAGGGUUCUCUGUCACCAUCCAAAUCAACAACAAACUCUUUUGGGAAGUCCAGACUGGAAGUGCCGAAACGAUUGAUCAAUGGGUUAAUCACUUCAAGGCCGUACGAGGGUCCCGGAAGAUGGUUGAUACGUUGUCUCCGCUGCCGUCAAAAGGGACUAGGACAAUGUCACAGUGA